GAAUUAAAUAAUUUUGAUCAUUAUAAAACAAAUAUUGCUUGUUUAAAGGAUUUGAAUAUUCAUCCUGUUCGUGUUACGCAUAAUUCUCAAACACAUAAAAGAGAAGAAGCUAUUUUAUUUUUAUAUAGUUGGCCAAGUUCAUUUAUUGAAUAUCUUGCUGGUGCUAGUAUUCUUAACCCAUUAUCAACGAAAUGUUUAAUUAAUGAAUGUGGUAAAGUUUUAGUAACGCCACUUCAUUCAAGUUCAUCGUUAACACGACACUUUCGUUGUGUACAUAAAUUAAAUGCUUUUAAAUCAAAAGAAAAACUUGUCAAUUGA